GGUUUCUACCUUCUUCAAGCAGUUAUCAGCACAAAAGUGAUUCCUUCAUGUAUCCCAGGAGGAUCUGAAGAUAAUUGUACAGCUUUAGUUGAGAUGGAGGACAAUCCCCGUGUGGCUCAGGUGUCAAUUACAAAGUGUAGCUCUGACAUGAACGGCUACUGCUUGCAUGGACAGUGCAUCUACCUGGUGGACAUGAGUGAAAAUCACUGCAGAUGUGAGGUGGGCUACACCGGGAUGCGAUGUGAACACUUCUUUCUGACUGUUCAUCAGCCCCUGAGCACAGAAUAUGUUGCGUUGACAGUGAUUCUCAUUCUUCUCUUUCUUGUCAUAAUUGCCGGAUCCACAUACUAUUUCUGCAGAUGGUACAAAAACCGAAAAAGUAAAAAAUCAAAGAAAGAAUAUGAGAGAGUGACCUCAGGGGACGCUGUAUUGCCACAAGUCUGAACUGCGCCAUCAAAUUAUGAACAGGGACGCACAGUGUGCCUGGCUAAUGUUAAUAUUUUGUUGUGUUAAUAAUAUUUAUGUUGGGUCAUGUGCUAGGUCAGUAACUGUAUAUUUUUAAUACACUUGGAAAGUGUUUUAUUUUUGACAGACUAUUUGCUAAUAUAUUAUAUGUAAAAUAUUUAAUAUCAAAGGAAAAUUGAUAUUUUUGUAAGAAUUUCCUGAGUGCAAUGCUUUACUGAAAAGCUUCAAAGUUCAUUAAGCUGAUGCACUGCUUGGAGCGAGCAAUGCCCAGCCUGUUGCUUGGGAGGUGUCUGCAAGUGACAUUCCUGUGAGCCUGGUAAUACGGUUAAGCCAAUUGCAUAAGUAAUUUAUUUCCUACUUUUCAUGCCUGAUAGUUGACUUGACUCUACCAUAGCUUGGCACAGUGAUUGGCAAGCCUAGUGAUAUGGUCAAAUCAAUUGCAGAAAGUAAUUUAUUUUCUACUUCCCAUGUCUGUGAUAACUGACUUGACUAUAUCAUCAUUUACUAAAACAGUUGUAACAAUGGGACUCAGGGGAGGUAAACACAACUUGUGGGCCUCCACCAUUCA